GGGGUGGCUCUACGCCGCUACCUUUUGUUUCUCUGACUCCUUCCAGAUUCCGUGUGUUUAUUAUUUAUUAGCUUAUCUUGAGUUUUAUUUGCUUGUUUACGCGCGUUCGAAUGUCGAGGAGGGUUAAUUGAUUGAUUAAUUAAGAAUUUAUUAUUCUAUUCCUCCCCUCCUCCGCUCAUUUGAAAUUUUGAAAAGCAGACCAGCUCCUCUCCCCUCCUGCCAUCCGCCCCUUCUGGUUCUCCUUCUCCUUCUCCUGCUCUCCCACUGGUCUACACACUCUCUCUUUCUUCUCGGCUCCCCACCUCCCCGGGGCCUCUUCUCCUCGCGUCUCCUCUUCGGUUUUCGGUUUUUACCCCGCCUGAUGUGUGAGAGAGAUGCAUAUCGUCUAGAUUCCAGUGCACAGGCGUUGUUGCUUUGUGACUGAAGAAACGUGCGAGCCACCUGUCCAUGUACUUAAGAGGCUCACUCCCUGGGUAUCGCUUGAUUUCUAAAAGAAUUCAUUGUCCAAAUAUUCAGAUGGAUUCUGUGAAUGAGUCCGAGGAUGGUCAUCCAUCUACAUCAGAGGAGAGCAAUUCUACUGGAGGAGCUGGAGGUCUGAAGUCACGUGAUAGAAAAUUUUCUAAAGGUUCUUGCAGAUUCCAGCUUGAACAAGAUGUUCAAAGGCUUCAAAAAUUGCUGCUUGAGGAGAUGCAAUUACAUGCUGUCCUUGAAAAUGCUGUGGAGCAUGCUGCUGUAACUUUAUCUGAUUUAUCAUGCCUUCCAAAUGAUGCUCAGGAACUAUUAUCCAAUAUUGCAACAUUGGAGACCACUGUUUCAAAACUUGAAGAAGAGAUGAUCUCUUUGCAUUUUCAGCUUAUUCAAGAAAGAAAUGAGAGAAGACUUGCUGAGUAUCGACUGAAACAGUUACCUUCACAGCCACUGCUCAUCUGCUCUGCUGAAAAUGAUGCAAUAGAAGACAUGCUUAUCCAGGAGACGGUCUCUCGAGUAGUUUUUCAGCAUGUAGCUGCUGGAAGUUUAAAAAAUCAGCUUCCAGUCAAAGGCCUUUGGAACCACCCUAAUCAGCUUUCAGAGGAAAUAGUCCGUUGUAUGAAAAACAUUUUUGUUUCUUUAGCAGAUUGUUCCAUUUUAUCCUCCAAAUCUUCCUUAUUGGAAAAUAUUUGCUCUGCCUCUCCUGUUGGACAUCUUUCAAAUUCAUCAUGGUCAGUAUCUGAACCAGCAGCAACUUUGUCAUGGGUGGAGAGCCCUCAAGUUGAUUUGGAAUGUAAUAGCGAACUUUUAGCUCCAGGAAGUAUGUCUGAUCUAUACAAAGUUCGUGGAAAAUUAAGUUGGGCUGAUAUUGGAAAUUAUAGUUUAGCAACUGAAGUUUCAUGGAUGUCAGUGGAUAAAAAGCAACUUGAAUAUGCUGCUGGGGCACUUCGGAGAUUCAGAUUGUUGAUUGAGCAACUGGCAGAAGUAAAUCCAAUCCACCUUGAUGGCAAUGAGAAGCUGGCAUUUUGGAUCAACUUGUACAAUGCACUAAUCAUGCAUGCUUAUCUAGCAUAUGGAGUUCCAAGGAGUGACAUGAAGCUUUUCUCUCUAAUGCAAAAGGCUGCUUACACGGUUGGAGGGCACUCAUUCAGUGCUGCUUGCAUUGAGUAUGUAAUUUUAAAGAUGAGGCCUCCGAUCCACAGGCCACAAACUGCUUUACUUCUUGCCCUUCGCAAAUUGAAGGUAUCUGAGGAACAGCGAAAGUUCUCCAUUGAGGCAUCCGAACCACUUGUUGCAUUUGCUCUGAGCUGUGGAACAUACUCUUCACCUGCGGUAAAGAUUUACAGCCCCAGAAAUGUGAGAGAGCAGCUCCAAGAGGCUCAGCGUGACUUCAUUCGUGCAUCAGUUGCAGUCAGUAACAAAGGGAAGCUUCUGGUUCCUAAGAUGCUUCACUGUUUUGCCCGAGGAUUCGUUGACGAUGCCAACAUGGCAGUCUGGAUAUCUCGUUUCCUUCCUCAGCAACAAGCAGCCUUUGUUGAACAAUGUAUGUCACAGAGGCGGCAGAGCUUGCUUGGAUCCCGAAAUUGUGGGAUCAUCCCCUUUGAUUGUCGAUUUCGAUACCUUUUCCUUCCUGAAAAAAUGCCAUAAUCUUUCCCUUUUAACAGCUUGUUUCUGAUGAUGAAGCUAGACUCAAUUUCAGUUGAAUCUUAAUCCGGGAAUCUGAUUAAGGAUAACUCUACCCACCGAUUCUUGAACAUUACUGCUUGAAUUUUGAACGCUGAUCUGAUGCUGAUUUCGUUCCCCAAGAGCUACUUACCUUUUCUCUUUGGCUAAUGCUUCUGUUGGUCUUCUUCUUGGAGACCUUGCUGCUUGCUCGUAAGGUUGGAUUCUCAUAGCUCCAUAAUGCCGAUCAAUGAAAGGGGAUGUUGCCAGUUUAAAAACAUGGAAGUGCAGUGGCCUACAAAUGAGAGGAGAAUGUUUGUGCGGUUGCGCCACAAGGCAGAGUGUCUCUACAGGGGACUGUAUGAUAUGUUGAUGGCAUGCAUACCUUCGUUUUAGAUUGAAAAUGAUGCUUUUUUAGAUGAACUUUAAUUCCUAUCAGAGGGUUAUGCAUUUCCAGUCCAUGUCAAAUUAAAGAUUGAUUUAUCUGUCUUGUCUAGCUGUUUGUAGAAUCCGAUCAAGUUAUCUUCCUCUUGUUUAUUUGUAACUGCAAAAAAAAAAGAGAAAGAACUUAUCCUUCCAUCAUGUUCCCAGUUUCUUUCCCUAUCGGAAGAAAGUGAUUUAAUCUUACAAGUUAA